ACGGCAAACGUGACCACCAAGGAGGCAAUUCCUGGGAAAAACGUCGUCUUUUGUUUUUUUUUUUUAAUUCUCUCUCUCUCUCUCUAUCCCUCAAGCGGGCAAACGUCUUCUCUGGAAAGGGUUUUAUUCUAGGUUUCGGGGUUCUUGGCGUGCUGAAACCAUGGCAUCCACCGAGCCAGAAUCCUCCCAGACGCCUCCUCCCGCCGGAGAGAACGGCUCCGAGCUGGCGAAUCUCAGCAAGAAGCAGGCGAAGAAGGAGGCCCAGAAAGCCGAGAGGCUCCGCAAGCAGCAAGAGGCCGCUGCCGCCGCCACCGUAGCCGCAGAAGCGGACCCCUUCUCUGGGAACUACGGCGACAUCCCGACGGAGGAUAUCCAGUCCAAAGCGGUCAGCGGCCGGCAGUGGGCGGAGAUCGGGUCGCUGGACGCCGAGCUGGCGGAACGGAUGGUCCUGAUCCGGGGCGCGGCCCAGGCGAUCAGGCCUGUCAGCAAGAAGAUGGCGUUCCUGGUGUUGAGGCAGUACGUGAGCACUGUCCAGUGCGUGCUGGUCGUCAACAAGGAGUGGGUGAGCCCUCAGAUGGUCAAGUUCGCAACGGCGCUCAGCAAGGAGUCCAUCGUCGACGUCGAAGGGGUCGUCUCCAUUCCCAAGGAUCCCAUUAAGGGCACCACGCAGCAGGUGGAAGUUCAAGUGAGGAAGCUUUACUGUAUCAAUAGAGCUGUGCCGAAUUUGCCUAUCAAUAUUGAGGAUGCAGCACGAAGUGAGACAGAAUUUGAGAAAGCUGAACAGACUGGAGAGCAGCUUGUUCGUGUUGGUCAGGACACUCGUUUGAAUUAUAGAGUUCUCGACUUGCGUACUCCUGCAAAUCAAGCGACUUUCCGUAUUCAAUGUCAUGUCGAAGAUAUAUUUAGACGAUUUAUGCUGUCCAAGGGAUUUGUAGGGAUCCAUACUCCCAAGCUGGUUCCUGGAUCAAGUGAAGGUGGUGCAGCUGUAUUUAAACUGGACUACAAGGGGCAACCUGCUUGCUUGGCACAAUCACCUCAGCUUUACAAGCAAAUGGCAAUAUGUGGUGGUUUUGGACGUGUAUUUGAAGUUGGUUCUGUAUUCAGAGCAGAAGACUCCUACACGCAUAGGCAUUUAUGUGAAUUUGUAGGUCUUGAUGUUGAAAUGGAGAUCAAGGAACACUAUUUUGAGGUUUGUGAUAUCGUGGACCAUUUGUUCGUUGCAAUGUUUGACCAUUUGAGCGAGAACUGCAAGAAGGAACUGGAUGCAAUCAACAGACAAUAUCCCUUUGAACCUUUGAAGUACUUGAGGAAAACCUUGCGGCUCAAUUUUUUGGAGGGUGUCGAAAUGCUUAAGGAAGCUGGAAUAGAGGUUGACCCUUUUGGGGACUUAAAUACAGAGGCUGAGAAAACAUUGGGUCGGCUUGUUCGUGAGAAGUUUGACACUGAUUUUUAUAUUCUUUAUCGGUAUCCUUUGGCCGUAAGACCAUUCUACACCAUGCCCUGUUAUGAUGAUCCAGCAUAUAGUAACUCAUUUGAUGUCUUCAUUCGAGGUGAGGAGAUAAUUUCAGGGGCUCAAAGAGUACACCUACCUGAAUUAUUGACUAAACGUGCAGAGGCAUGUGGAAUUGAUGUUAAGACUAUAUCAACAUACAUUGACUCAUUCCGGUAUGGUGCACCUCCACAUGGUGGAUUUGGUGUGGGCCUGGAGCGAGUGGUUAUGCUUUUCUGUGCUCUCAACAACAUACGCAAAGCAUCGCUUUUCCCUCGUGAUCCACAGAGGCUGGUUCCAUGAGAAAGUUCUUUUUUUUAAGAGCGCCUUCAGCUCAGGAGUUAUGGCAGCUAAAAAGUUUUAGCAAUUGGAUUUUACAGUAUUAUCCAACCAUGGAAUGAUGUUAAGAGCUGAUGUUGCGACCUCGUAUGUAGCGUUCUAUGUUUUAUAAUGACCAAUACUCUGUAAUUAGCGGUAUCUACCAAGAGGAAUGACAUUUUUCUUGAAGUUCUGCUAUAAUUUCGAUCUUUUCUUUCUUGUUA